AUGCAGUCGCUGCUCAAGUAUGUGCCUGGCAAAGGGCCCGAGGACGCAGCAGUGCCACCCAACAACACGUUCAUCACCACAACCGAUGGCGUAAAAAUAGCCUGGGAGCGGCACGGGCGGCUGGGCGGCCCCGUCGUUGUGCUCGUGCACGGAUGGAGCGGCUCCCGCCACUAUUUCGACUUGAAUGCGCGCCCGCUGGCAAACGCGGGGUGCACGGGCCUGCGCAUCGCCCGGCUGGCAGCUGACCUGCGGGAUCUGCUGACCGAGCUAGACUUGCAGGAUGUGACAGUCGUGGGCACCAGCAUGGGCGCCGCCGUAAUCUGGUGCUACAUAGAGCUGUUUGGGGAGGCGCGGCUGAAGCAGGCGGUCUUUGUGGACCAGGCGCCGCUUCAGAACACGGCCCCAGACUGGAAGUGGGGUUCCACCGGCUGCUACGACCUGGCCUCCCUCACCCGCCUGCAGUGCAAGGUGGAAAUGGACUUCCCCGGCUUUGCCCGGGACAACGGCCGCUUCUGCACCAGCCUGCCGCUGGCUGCCGAGGUGGUGCGGGUGUUGGAGCAGGAGACGCUGCGCGCGGACCCGGCCGCGCUGGGCCAGCUGAUGGCCGAUCACACGACCAUCGACUGGCGGCCGCUGCUGCCGCGCAUCCAGAUACCUUGCCUCAACAUAGUGGGCCGCCAGUCCGCGGUGUUUCCGUGGUAUGGUUCUGAGGCGGUGGGCAAGCUGGUGCCCAACGCUCACACCGUGUUUUUCGAGAAGGCUAAUCACUGGCUUUACCUGGAGCAGCCAGAGGCCUUUAAUAAACUGGUGGCGGACUUUGUGCAGAACGGCUUCCUGCAUGUGUCGCGAGUGUUGCACCUGUAG